UAGCAUGGUCAUAACCCGUUCUUUCAGCGCGGCGCGGCGGCAGAAUCAGUUCUAUUCUGUAUUGCUGGAAAUCAUUGUCGUUCUUGUGACAGAUUCUGCUCAUUGUCUAGGUCUCAAUCUGCCGCAAUCUUUCACUGGAGCACUGUGUCAUGACACCGGUGCCGGCCACUGCUUAAUGCAAAGUAGGCAGCAUUUACACCACCGAGAGCAUCAUCAAGAUGUCCAAACUUCAGCUUAGGAGUAAGAGGAAAACAGACUCCCCCACAAAUUUGAAGGUUCAAGCUAAGUCUGACGUUCCUCUGACGAAGAAAGCUAAAACUGCCGCAAAGGUGGAUGUAUCAGAUUCGGAAAGCAGCUCCGAUGAAUUUGUACGUCCAUCCAAAGAUCUGAAAGUCAAUGCAGGCAUUCUACUAUCAAGAAAUGGUCCCUCACCUGUCCCAGACUUUUCAUCUAUUGAGAAAAGCAUCUUUUCUGGUGUGUCUAAGCUGAGUGACUCUGAUUCUGAUGAUUCAGACUUCGAAGAAGUUCCGGCACCUUCUCGCUCUCUAAAUGAGUCCGCCAAGGAUGACAGCGGCAUCUUGUCUAAUGACAGUGAGCAAAAUAGCAAAGUGAAGACAGCUGUGCAAGAAUCUGUCAAAGAGAAAGUGCCUUCUAAACCAGUGAGAAGCUCUAGGAGGAAGCCUGCUACAAAGGAUAAAGAUGAAGCUCCAAAAUCAAAGACAGAAAAACAACCCGUUAAAAAACCUGCAGAUGUUGCUGAGCCCCUUUCUGAUGCUAAAGGCAAGGGAAAAGGGUCAAGAGCUGUCAAACGUAAGAAUGAGGAGGUGGAAAACACAUCAGUGUCACCUGGCAAGCAGAUAAAGCAUAAGGACGAGCCAGAGAAAAAGAGCUCUACAAGAAGUUCAAGAUCUCGACCAUCUACCAGCACAACAAAAGUGGAGGAAGAAGAAAAAAAGCCCAAAGGAAAUGGUCUUGCAAAGAAAGGCAAAGUUUGUGGAAAGGGUGAGAAAGUAACCAGUGAGCUGAAAGAAGGCAAAACUUCAAACAAAGUUGUCGUCAAGGAGGAAGAUCCAGCAAAUGUCGACAAUUUGGAUAUUGCUCAGCUGCUUGCUCUUGGAGAAGGUUUGAAAUUUGAAGCCAAAUCAGAGCACUCCGACUCUGAUAGUGAUGAGUGGGAGGAGGUAGAUCCCAACGAAGUAAAAAAGCAUGAAAUUCCAAAGGAAGGGGUUCAAAUCACUCUUGACAUGCCUGAGUUCAGUUGGCGCCGCAAGAAACAAAAAGACCAUCAAGCGUGUUUACAAGCUGAAAUGAACAGGGCCUUUAAUCGAGUACGAAAGGAGUUGCAACUGUUAUGUCACAAAACCAGCCUUCUCUUGUGGGUCGCUCAUGGUAUCUUCCUCAACAGGACAAUCAAUAGUGAAAAUGUCUUGGGAAUGGCACUGUCUCUGGUACCCCCAGACCUCUGUGACCUUCCAAAAUCACCUGGAAGCAAGUAUAUUAACAAGCUCUUGCAGUGGUUUGCCACACGUUUUGAGUGUUCGGAAGGGUUUCCAGAAGAUAUUGUUGGUGGUAAAACUCGUGCCCUUACUGCAGUUCUGGAACAAAAUUUUACUCGAAAAUAUGCUAAAUCAACCAAGGAAAUGACAUUUAUGUUUGUUGCUGUGCUACGUGCAGUGGGCAUAGAGGCUAGACUGGUAAUUUCAUUCCAGCCCAUGCCUUUGAAACCUCAAAGUGAUGAGCUUUUAAGCAUAAACAGCAAGAAAAGAGGGCGGGCUACUAAGAAAGAGACCAAGGAGGACAGUGAAGCUGAAGAUGACCCAGCACCUGUUGUGAGCAGCCCCUACUUUGAGAAAAAAGGGAAAGCUUCUGUUUCCAAAGAGACUGGAAAAGCCAAAGCCAAGGGCAAUUCAGGAAACGGGAACGAAAAGUUGUCAAAGUCGGGAGGAGCACCAAAGCCCUCUUCCUCUGCUGUGAAAGGAAGUGAGAGCAAUGUCAAAGGGAGGAAGCAAAGUGGCAAGUCUGAUCCUGCAACAGCAAAGUCCCCUCCCAAGGUCCGAGAGCUUAGGAGAAAAAGUUCAAAAAAGUCUUACUCUGAGAAAACUGAUUCAGACAAUGAAGAUUCUGAUGAUGAAGAAAAGGAGCUCCCCAUCCUAAGCCCUGGCAGAAAGAAAGAUGAUAAGACUUUGUCUGAACGUUUGAAGGCAGCUGCUGCUAAGAGGACACCUACAAACAGAAGGUUUAGUCUACAAUCUACUGCAUCAAAGGCUCGUAAAAGUACAAAGGACUCUGACAGUGAUUUUGAGCCAGAACCUAAGCGAGACUCUGGCGUAGGCAGUAGCAGGUCGUCUACAUCUCCCAAGAAGAAGACAUCAUCUCGUCGGUCACAAUCUGAAAACUCAGAAAGUGACAGUGACAGUGAUUUUGAGAAAAAGCCAAAGGCAAGUCAAAGUUCAAAAAAAGCAACUAAAAAGACACCACCUAAAGGUCGACAAUCAAAGGGCCGCCCUUCAAAGUCUAAAGGAAAUGGAAACAAAGUUUUGUCCUCAGAUGAUGAUUCAGGUAAAAAGAAGCCCACCUGUUCUGGAUUUGAUUAUUGGAUUGAAGUCUAUUUGAAGGAUGAUGAUAGAUGGACCUGUGUUGAUGUUCCAUCAAAGAAGGUUGACUCAACAAAAAAUAUUCUGGCUAAAGCCACUCAACCUGUGUGCUAUGUAAUUGCCUUUAAUGUAGAUGGCACCUUGAAAGAUGUGACUAAAAGGUAUUCACCAAAGUUUUCUCAAGUGACUGCAAAGCAAAGAGUAUCUGCGGACUGGUGGAGUAAAAGCUUGAAGCCUUUUGCUCCUAAACACUCAGCCAGAGAGGCUGCAGAAGACAGUGAAAUGAACUUGGUGGAGCUAGACAGACCCAUGCCGAAAACUGUUGCUGAGUGCAAAAAUCAUCCUCUGUACGUGUUGACCCGACAUCUCCUGAAAUUUGAAGCUAUAUACCCCCCAGACUCCCCGAGUCUUGGCUUUGUUCGCAGUGAGCCUAUAUAUGCCAGACAGAAUGUUUAUACACUUCGCUCUCGUGAAACCUGGAUGAAAGAAGCUAAGGUGGUUCGCCUUGGUGAGAAGCCAUACAAAGUUGUGAAACAACCAAAAUGGGAUAGGCUCGCUCAUAAGAUGAUCACUGAUAGGCCUCUUGAAGUAUUUGGACCCUGGCAAGUGGAGGACUACGUUCCUCCACCUGCUGUUGAUGGGAAAGUACCCCGAAAUGCUUAUGGAAAUGUGGAACUUUUCAAGCCAACCAUGCUGCCUAAAGGAACUGUACAUUUACAAGUUCCAUCUCUCAGUAGAGUUGCAAAGAAGUUACAGAUUGACUGUGCACCGGCUGUUGUUGGCUUUGAUUACCACAGUGGAGGCUGCCACCCUACUUUUGAUGGGUUUGUGGUUUGUGAAGAGUUCGUUGAUGUGCUGAUGGAUGCCUGGAACAAGGAUAUUGAUGAGUCUGCCAAACGACGUGAAGAGAAGCACGAGAAAAGAAUCUAUGGGAAUUGGAGAAGGCUCAUCAAAGGCUUGCUCAUUCGUGAGGCGCUCAAGGCUCGAUAUGACUUCAAUGGGGAGGCUGGGGCCCAGGACCUAGACCAGGCUGGGAGCAGUCAGCCCAGUGGCAGCAAGGCAAGUGUUAAUCCUGAGGCACUGCAGGCCGCACGCAUCGUUCGCGAGGAUGCCCCAGUUACCUGCCUUUUCCCCAAGUUGAUGGCAAACAUUAGAGCUCAGAAAACCCGCCAAAAGAGGUCAGCGCCUAACGAGAAGAAAAAGCCACCCAAAGGCAAGAACGUAAAGCAAAGUCAGAGCCAGAAAGGAAAAGGGAGGAAGAAGCGCAAGGAUGAGACUAGCGAGGAAGAAGAGAGUGAUUGGGACUCGACCACUACAGAGGAAGAUGAUGUUAACAUGGUUCUGCUGUCUGAUGAAGACAGUGGAAGUGAGUUUGAAGAUUUAAAGCGUUAAUUGCCUUUUUUCUCAUAUAAUUUUGCCAGCAGAUGUCUAGUGGCUCAAUUUUUUGUUACCUCAUAUACCAGUAUUUUUAGAUGACCUAACUGCAAAUGCUGAAUGAUUUGUCUUGGCAUUUGAGUUGGGUUUGGGACCUUUUUAUUAUUACCAUGUUUGUUUCUGAAGGUGGCAUUAAUGUGAUUUUAUUGUACCUUGUACUUUUCAGUGACAUACAUGAUAUUCUAAGGGCCCCUAGUCAGCAUUUAGUUGUGCUUUAAUUUAUUUGUUUCAUCACAUUGCCCACUAUUUUAUUAAUGAUAACUAGUUGGGAAAAAUAUGGUGUGAUUUUUUGUUGUUUCAUUUGUUCUUUUGUCUCCCAGUAUUCUCAAUAAUGUUUCUCCUGCUGAUGAAAACUUGUGAUUCAUUGCAAAAAAGUUUCAGUUCUAAUUUUUUGAGCUUUGUUGUACUAGUUGUUCUAAAGCUCUGAAAGUAUGACUAAGUUUCAUUUUAAAUUUUACUUCUUGUACUGUUACUAUAAUUUGCAUGUCAAUUUUACAAAGCAUGCAAACUCUAUGCGGGUCAUAAGGCUAUUUUGUCUUUACUUAAAUAACUAAGAGUUAGUUCUUAACAAAUGUAAGUAUAUUGCAUGUUUACAUUUCAUGAUUCAUGUUCCUGUAUUUGUCCAGGCAUUCCAAGGUUACUUGCCCUCACUAUGCAACGGAUAGGAAUUGUGGUGUUAAGUCUUGCAGCUCAAGAAAAUAGAUUUAAGUUUUGGAAUGUCAUUUUGCCCUGAUGAGUGACUGCCAUUCUCUGUAUACUACUCUCUGUACCUGAUCUGAUGUUUUAGAAAUUCAUUCAAGGGAAUCAUGAUAACUUGAAGUGCCCUGUAAGAUAACUGCCUCUCUGUGUAUUUUGUAUUCUUUGGUUUAAACCCCUGUCUUAUCAUCCUCAAAUAAAUCUUUUUACACUUUUUAAA